CACAGCCAAUCCUGUUGUUAGAGAACCAUUACCAAUUUCGAUCGUCAUCUUCGUCUCCUUCACUCCUAGAAAACGUUGGAACCCUAAUCUUCUUAGAAAUUUCAAUCGAAUCUGAAGAACUAGAUUACGGGAUUAAAGCGAGGUAGAAUCGAAGACGAUGGCAGGGAGAGAAGUUAAAGAAUACACAAAUCUGUCUGACCCUAAAGAUAAGAAAUCAGGGAAAGGUAAGAUUGAUGAUGAAGACGUCACCUUUCAACGAAUGGUUGCAAAGGUUAGCGCAUCGUCCUCUCCAAUAUUCUUACCGAAUCUUCUUUUGAGCAAUCUUACUGUGCACAAAUUGUAUGCGAGAGAGGUUGUCUUUGUAUAUAUCUUAGAGUUUGAUUGGUCUUUUCUGCAGUAUACUACAGUGAUUUGAUGAGUGUAGUUUGUAUGCUAAAUGUUAUUGAUUCGAUUAAGCUCUUGUUUCUUUUUUUUGCUUAGCGUUGGAGCAAGUUGUGGUUUUAUUGAUUGUUUUUUUUUUGCUGUUGUAGCUAGUGAAGUUGUUUAGAUAUAUAUAUCUUUGUUAGCAUUAGUGGUUAUUGAUGUGUGUGAAGUGAUUCUUAUGUUUGACUCUAUAUUGGGACUCGACUUUUCUGAUAACUUGCCCCGGCAGGGAUAACGGCCCCGCCACAUUUUCUGGUUAUUGCAUAUAGAUGCAAGAGGUUGCUGGUGAACGUGGAGGCUAUCUUCAUGGACGAGGCGAUAGCGACGAUUUACUUUAUCUGAAAGAACAGAUGGAAGCAGAGGAAGAUGCAGAACGUCUUCUGAGACGAACUGAGAAACGGGCUUUUGCUGCCUUUAAAAAAGCUGCAACCCAAGCUGAUUCAUCUCCAGCAUCUAUUCCCUUGCCACUUCGUGUGGAGCCCAAACCAAAGAGUGGUAUCAGGCAGCAAGAUUUGCUGAGGAAAGUUGUAGAGGUUAAACCUAAACGUCCAAAGAUCUCAACACCAUCAAGCCCAAGCUUAUCUCCCCCUGUUAGAAGUGAUAGAGGUCCAACAGAGGCAAAAGUUCACAGAGAUAAGCAGAAAGAAGAAGCUAUGCCAGUGUUGAAGAAACCUGGCGCAGACAGAAAUGACGGAAAAGCUACGGAAAGCAAUGGGCAAGGUCAAAAUGCUCCGAAAGGCUUGUUGGGAUUAGCAUAUGAUAGUUCAGAUGAAGAAGACUGAGUGGAGUGAUAACCCUGCAAUCUCCUAUAAGUCUUCUUGCUUUUUAUUUUGUCGAAAGCUUACAAGAGUUUAGCUUUAGGAUACAAUACAUCUUUUGCCAUCUAGCCCUGUACUUGUUGUAAUUGUUGAAACCAAAUGGGUUAGUUGGAGUUUGAACUUUGAAGCAGAGAAUCUAAAGAAGAUGAUUUCC